AUGAGGAAUAUAAACUUCUCGUCAUCAUCUUCGGAAAAUUUGGCGAGAAGUUCCGCACUAAGAAGACAAUUACAUGACCAAAGCCAGUUUUUGCCUUCUAAUUCUUUUGCGAAUUCAAACAGUACAGUACAGGAUUACAGGUUUUUACCUAAACCAACAACUAGAGUUGAAGGUAACGCUUUAUAUUCUAAUUUGAACCAAAUUAAUGGCAACUCUAGUUGGAAACAAACAAUCUCGGGACUUUUAAAGUCUCCAAUUGAUGGUUUAGGUAAAAGUUCUUAUCAGGAUUUAAAGAAUUCAGUUAUUGAAAAGAGUGCAGAAAAAAGUAGUAAAUUUGUUAAAACCCCAUAUCCUCAGGUUUACAAGGCAGAUAGCCAUUUGAGAAAUGAAGCAAAUUUACUUAGCCAUGGAAAUCAUCUUCCUUUAUUGCCUCCUAGUAAAUUCUCUUUCCAUUCAGAAACAAGACACGCAAUGAACAGAUUAUCAGAUAGUGCUUCUAAAUACAACUUAAUAUCUAGCAAUUAUGAUCUACAAAAAGACAUUCAGACAUGUAAGAAAAGAAACUUACAGCAAGUUUACAAACAGAAUAGUGAACAAGAAUGUGAGGAAGAGGAGUUCCAUGAUGCUAUUAGCGAUGAUGAAGAUAUCAACGGCGAACCUAUAAAUAACACAAAUAAAAAAUCUAAUAUUCUUCCUCCUCAGAAAAAGUCUUAUAGCCAAACUCCUUCGACUGUUGCUCAGACAGGGUUUUUAGGCACACAAAAUAACACCCCAAAUAAACCAACAAAUACUUAUGGUUUACCACUUUCUAUGAUAGAAGAUGACUAUAAGCCAGAUCCAGCUCCAACUUAUAAUUUUUCAGUUGAUAAACUUCAAGAUUCACAAAGACAGAACAGUAUUUUGGGUUUAACUCAGUAUUCACACCCUUAUAACUUUCCCAAGGCUUCGUUUUUGCCUCCCAAUACGGAACCUAAUUCCAGCAAUGGUCCUUCUUCAAUUCAAAAGAUAAGAACCCCAUUAAGAUAUAGAUCUAGUUUAUUGGGCGCACUUUCAAAUCGAACGAAUUCAUCAUGUAGGAUCUUAUCUGCUGCAGAAAUGAAAAAGGUAUUUUGCAAAUCAAAGAAACCUAUUGGUAGUUUGAAAGACUUUGUCCAUACGAUCGAAAUUCGCAAUGAAACUUCUAAUGAGCCAAAAAAUAAUUCAGAAUCGCCAAAAAUGGUUGAAAAACACUCCGAAGUUAAACAUACUGAAGAAAAAAUUACCAAGAGUAUCAGAAAUAGUAAUCUUGAGGAGGAUUCGAAAUAUAGCGAAGAAUUAACAGCUAGUUCCAAAUCUGAGAGUGCUGAUCAAUCCAUAUUUGAAACAUCCGAUAUAUUAUCAACAACUAAAAAGAAGCCAAUUUUGGAAAAACCUAGUAAGGAAAAUGAACCGGCAGAAAAUACGGGCCAUAAAGAGAGCUUGCCAAAUUCAUCAUCUAAUCUCGUUGAAUCUGAUUCAAAAUUGCCAAUCAAUGGCGAAAAAGAUAAUCAAACUACUAUUUCCACUAAUAUUGGUGAAAAAAGUCUUGAAAAGAGAGAUAAUAUUCAUGAAAUUAAGGAAGCGACUUCUGAAGACGUUACAUCUAAAAAUGGAGAUUCAGAAGUUUCUGAGAAAAAAAAGGAUGAAGCUGUUCCGUGGUGGUUAGCCAAUGUUAACAAACCCAAUUUAGUCGAGGUGGAUAAUGAGGGAGUAUUUAUGCCAGAAGAAGAUGAAGACACAAAAGAUGAGAAAGAGCCUGUAGUAUCUGCAGCAGGGUUGUUUUCACUUCCCUCUACUGAGGGAUCAACUAAUAACGAAGUUAACAAUUCAUUAUUUUCAUUUGCAAAUACUUCUACAACAGGCAACUCUUUAUUCGGCCCUUCUUUGUUCCAAAUUAACAAGACUGAUGAAAAAAGUGCUACAUCUGAAGAAUCCAAAUCUGAAGAAAAAACUCCAUCUUUGCCUGUCCCUAGUAGCCAAUCUAGCGCUUUUUCGUUUAGCCAGACUAUCGAAAACAACACAUCAAACAAUGUUUCAUUAUUUGGAAUUACUUCUAAAACUUUAGACGAAGAAAAAACUAUAAUUAAUGAAACAGAAAAACCAGUUUCUGAAACAGCUGCUAAUUUGGAAAAAGAUAGUACAGAUUCUAUCUCAAAACCACAAUUUCCAUUGUUUGGAAAACAGUUUCCAGCAGAUGAAGAGAAAAAGGAACAUACAGAUGUUGAAAAUAAGACUGGAAUUUUUGGAACAGAUAACCCAGGAUCAUUAUUUACCUCUACAAGUAUUAAUAGCGGAAGUUUACCUUCUCAACAGGGUUCCUCCAUAAAUCAAUUAUUUGGUUCAUCUGGUAUUUCUAACUCUAAUCAAAGUGCUUUCAACACAAAAGAUAUUUUCAAUCUUUCCUCAUCAACCGGAGCAUCAACAACAAUAACUAAUUCAGAAAAACAGACAGUUUCGGGCCCAUUAUUUGGCUCAAAUGAUACAGAAAAAAAGCAAUCUACUUCCGAAAUUUCAUUCGCAGGGUCCUCAGGUUUAAGUAAUUUGAACUCUUCUUCAAGUUUAAGUUUUACUAGCGGUACGACCAUGCCACAGACGAACCUACAAGCUGGUGGAUUAUUUGAUACAAAGUUACUUAAUUUCAGUGGGAGCACUGGUUCUUCUACUGUCUACACAUCAUUGUUUGGAGGCUCUACUCCAAAUAACAAUAAUUUGUUUACGGUUCCACCAAAUAACAAUUCUUUGCUCUCAGGUUUAGAAUCAAGCUCAAACACUGCUUCUACAAAUUUAUCUUCGACAAUAAAUGUAAAUUCUAUAUUCGGAGCUCAAAUUCCAAUGUCGAACACGAACCCGGCUCAGAAUUCCUUGAAUUUUGAUUCAAGCACUAGUAUUGGCGGAUCAAGUAACUCUUUAACAGGUUCUACAAGUAAUACGAAUAUUUUCUCACAAACACCAUCUAUUUUUGGUUCUAACAAUAGUUCAAACCCUUUUAUAUUCGGAUCGAGUAGUAAUAAGCCAUUGGACCAGGCCAUCACUCAGACUCCUGGACAGAACUUGGGACAAAAUACCAACUCCAAUCUUUUUGGAUCGUCUCAAGGAAUCUUUAAUUCAACAGGCAAAACAGAAAAUAGCAUUUUCGGAGGAAUGCCAAAUAACCCUGCUGUAUCUCCAUUUGACCCUAAGCCUCAAGUCUCAAGUCAACCUUCAAUGAAUACAAAUAUUUUUGGAUCCAAUCCUUCCAAUUUACUUGGGGCAUCGCCAUUAAUGGGAAAUAAUAGCAAUCCAAACCCUUUUGUUGGUCAUUCAUCCAAUCCAGCAGGGGGUACUUCUCAUAGAAGAAGAAUUGCGAGAGCUAAAAGAUCUCAUUAA